UCUCUUUAACAAUCAGCUGUCACAUUUAAAGAAUAAACAUGAGAAGAAAAAAAACAAUUUAGUAAGGUCUUAACAUGGCUUUAGUAGCUGCGGUACUUUGGAUACGAAAUGGUUAAGUGACGGGUUGAUUAAAUGAUUUUGGAAAUAAAGAAAAAAGUUAAAGGAAAAAUUUCACCAUUGUAUAAUUUAAAAUAACAAAUCUUUAACUAAAAGUAUACACGUGUGCUAAAUUAAAUCUAAAGUGAGUUUAAAGCAAAAUAAAGUGAAAUUCAUGGAAAUAAAAAUCAAUUUAUUUAUCGAAUAUACAAAAUAAAGUGCUGUACAUGGUAGUGAAAAAAAACAAACGAAAUAUUUUAGUUUAGCAAAAAUAUUUGAGAAAGAAAUUGCAAAAAAAAAAUAAUGUCAAAUGUUCGAAGGAAAUUACGUGUUUGGCCAAAUGAUUUCGUUUUACUAAGCAGCAGAAAAGAAAAAGAACAACACAACAAUCAAGAAAAUGAUAAUAACAACGAUAACAACAAUAUAAAAACUAACAAUAGCAGCAGCAGUAGCAGCAGCAGCGAUAGUACUCUUGGUAGCAGUGAAUUUAACACUUGCGAUACAAUGGCCGCUAAUAAUAAAAUACACGUUGCAGCAACAAAAUCAUUAGAUUUAACCGGUACUCAUGAUGUCGUUUAUAGGCAUGAUGACGACAACAUUGAUGACGAUGAUGAUGUUUCAGGAGUUGAAAUUCGCGUUAAACAAACACCCUCAAAACCGAUUAAUUACCGCAAUGCCACAGUUGAUGAGGACUUUGUUUCAGGACAUCCAGACGAUUUGCUGGCGGCACGUUUUGAAGAAUAUGGCACAACACCGCCAAGAACACGUUUGAAGAACAAAACAAGAGACUGGGACAGAAAACAAAGAGCACAGGCUGUGGCAUCCGUAGGACCAUGUGCUGAAUCACCAGCAGUGCCCAAAAAAGGUAUGACACGUAUGGCACGUUGUCGUGUGUUGAGGCGCAACACUAUGGACUGUGCCCUCCUCAAUGAAAUGUUUGUCAAUGAGGACAGUAGCAUUGCUAAGCGCGCAGAUAAACGAGCACAAGCCUUAUUGCGUGAGUCUGAACGUGAGUUGAAAAGCUCUUUAGCUACAGUAGCCGCUAAUGCCGUUUUGGGUAGCUAUAAUGCCCGUGUAAAUAGCUUCAGUGAGAGUGUCUAUAAUUCGGAAGCCCUAGAUAAGUGUACUCCUCUCAAUACAGAGGUGCAGCUGAGAUUUCAACAGCCUAAGGUGGUUGAAUCGUGUAAUCGUUAUAUGAGUGUUUCAUCACGACCCAUUGGAUGUCGUUCGUCAGCGCCACCGCUGGCCUUUGCACAUCAAUUGCAGUUGGGCUUUCAAGCUACGCCAGGAUUUAAGAUACGCAAAGAGUUCCAUGAAACAUUUGCCAACCUAAUUAAAUUGGGUAGUGUUGAUCGGCAGGAUGCCAAGCUUUCUCAUGAGGAACACACUUGGCAGACAGAAGUCAAAGAUCUUAUAUGGUUGGAACUGCAAGCCUGGCAGGCAGAUCGUACGCCCGAACAACAGGAUAAAUACUUAUUUGCCGCACGCAAAGAUGUUUCAGAUCUUUUGACACAAAUCAUCAGCUAUAAGUUUCAGCCACGCUACCGGCGACAAGAAAGUGAUCUCAGUAUGGACAGUGGUUUAGGAUCGGACAGUAAUGCCAGCUCACCCCAGCCACAGAAAAGCUGCACUAGUUGUUUAUCUCUAUAUUGCAAAGACUGUGUUGAUCAACAAGAAAUUGCCAUGAAAGAAGUGGAGGAAUUAUUAACUCGCCUAGAAGCCGCAGAGGCUUUAUAUCCCUCGUCACAGGCCAUGGGUGCUUUUCAUCCCAUCUACAAGAGUGAAUCAUUUGUGGGUCGUAUUAAGACCAUGUGUCUGUGGUAUAACAUUACCAAACAGGCCAAAUUGAAACUAACCAUUUUGGGUAAAAUUUUAGCCCGUUUACAGGGGGAACGGUUCUCAUGGCCCGUACAAACCUCCUAUACGGCGGCCACAGACACAAGUAGCGGCAAUUCUACGGCAUCUGGCUUGGAGUAUGAUGAUUCUGGCAUGAACUCCAUAGACUCAACCAGAUCACAUAGAAAGCUUUCUGGGCAAACGGGUCAUAAGGUGCAAUUUUUGCUAAAUGAUGUGGCACAUAUACCGGGAGACACUACUAGCAGUAAUGAUUCAUCUUCAACGGAAAUAAGCCAAAUAUCGGAGGGUUUAGGAUGUAAUCAGUCUUCAUUUCGUAAAACCUCCAUGCACGACAUCAACAUAUUCAGCGUUGAGCCGUUGCGUAAUGGUAGCGGAACAAACCCUGAACAAUCCUGUGUUUUAUAUCGUAAAUUCAUAGAAAAUGUUCUCAAGUCCCGUGGUCUAGCUAAAUCAUUGGCUUUCUUACAUAAACUACACAAUGUGGUGAUGUGCAAGGCCCAGAUAUCGCUGGAAAAACCCGGCACUGAAGAUUAUGAUUUUGAGACUGAAAAAAUCGAAGAAGACUUUCCGCGCCUAGAGCCCGACAUAAGCCGCGAACAGAUCGAGGAGCUGAGACGUUACGGCUAUUGGAGUGAGGAAUACAAAUCGAUUAACUUGCCCACUUACAUUCCAACAUUUGUAUUUCUGAGUGGUGUGCCUCUACAAUUUAUGCAUGAAUUUCUGCGCAUGCGCUUAGAAACCAGACCACCAAAACCCAAUCCUCUCAGUUUGGAACAACUUAUGAAGGAACUACGGGAAGGUCUUACGCUAGCCUUGACCCAUCGUGAGAGAUAUCAGCGGCAUAUUACCACAGCUUUGGUGGAGAACGAAAAAGAACUGGAACGUUAUAUGAGCAUCUUAAAUCAAUACGAUGAUACCGUACGCAAAGUAUUCGAAUUGUAUUUGGAUUAUAUCGAUCAAUUGGUUUUAGUGGCUAGUCCGGAAUCGCAUCAGAAAUCUGCUUUGGAAAAAGAAUGGAUGUUUACCAAACUUAUUUCGCCCAUGAUAUCCGGCAUGCACACCUUGGCAGCGAACAAAUUUUGCACAAUCAUACGCAAUCUACUUAAUGGUAUAUCAGAACGUUUGGUCAGCCGAUCUCAGGAAUUGGAUAUACAAAUUGAUGGCACUGCGCAAAAUGCUGAGACUGAACUGAAAUGGCAAGUUUUGACCAUUUGCCGUGAAACACAAUCCUUGUUUACCGUGGAAAGGGAAUGUUCUGUGAAAGUAUUAUUUUUUGCCAAAACAUUUUGCCGUGACGUUGAGUCGGCCGAUUUUCAUCGUGAACAUUUCGAACAUGAUGUGGAUGCCGGUCAUCCUGACGGUUUUGUGUGUGAAGAAAUCAAAGAUUCAUUUAAAUUGUUGCAAAAAGAUGUUCUAGAUGUUAGAAAUAAAUUGAUUAAAAUCAUAGAAAGAGUGCAAGAAAGAUGUUCACCCGUAUAUGUCAUGGAUUUGGAUGAACAAGAUCGUCAAGCUGUUUUGUCCCGUACUCGAGAGAUCUUACAUCAAGGCUAUAAAUUUGGAUUUGAGUACCACAAGGAUGUCAUACGUCUAUUUGAGCAUCGUAUUAUGGCUAAUAAAAAUCAGGACUGUGAAAUCGAUUUAGCUCUGGGCAUAAUAACAUUUGCCAAAAUGUGGAUGCAGUUUGUGACAGAACGGUGUGAACGUGGUCGUGGUAUGCGUCCCCGCUGGGCUUCUCAGGGUUUAGAAUUUUUAAUUCUAGCCUGUGAUCCCCAAAUCACCAGACAUUUAGAUGAAACACAAUUUGAGAAUCUUAAAAAGAAAAUGGACUGUUGUAUUUCACAUGUCAUAGGCAUAACAUCAGAACCAGAGAAAAUAGCCCGCAAGAAGGCUUCACCAAGAACGAGAAAAACCUCCUCACCGGCCACUAGUCGUUCACGUACACCAACACGAUCGCCCAUGUCGGCGGGCAUAAUAGUCAAUCAAAUAAGCCAACAAUCGCCUCAGUAUAAUAAAUUUUUACAUCCCCAAUUCAGUCAUAAGGAAGAACUCUUCCAACGCACAGAAUCCUUGGAUUCCACUGACUCAUCAAUGGGUAUUAGUGCAAGUAACACGCCAGCCGAAGAUUUACGUUUGCUUGUACCAAACUUGAAUGCCAAAACAUCACCCACAUCCCCAACACAAGAGGCGCAGAUUGGCCCGGCCGGCAACACAGACGCAUCCUUGGCCUUAAGGCAAAUACGCAUACGUGACGCUGUCAAUCGCCUAGACUUGGAUUUGGACGAACAUCUAAGAGAACGUAACCUUAUUGGUCAUGUAAAGGCUUUGAAUACCUGUGAUAAAGUACAAAUGCGAGCACGUAGUGUUAAUUUCCGCUGGCAUCGUGGCAUCAAAAUUGGCCAGGGACGUUUUGGCAAGGUGUAUACGGCGGUCAAUAACAAUUCAGGCGAAUUGAUGGCCAUGAAAGAAAUCGCCAUACUGCCUGGCGAGACACGAACGCUGAAAAACGUGGCCGAAGAAUUGAAAAUUUUAGAGGGCAUUAAACACGAGAAUUUAGUUCGCUACUACGGCAUUGAAAUUCAUCGCGAGGAAUUGCUCAUUUUUAUGGAACUCUGCUCUGAGGGUACACUAGAAUCUUUGGUAGAGCUAACCGGUGGCUUGCCAGAAGGUCUAACCAGACGUUUUACCGCACAGCUGUUGUCAGGUGUGGCGGAAUUACAUAAGCAUGGCAUUGUUCACAGGGAUAUAAAGACUGCGAAUAUAUUUUUGGUGGCCGGUGGUAAUAGUCUGAAAUUGGGUGAUUUUGGUUCGGCUGUGAAAAUUCAAGCUCACACUACGGUACCGGGCGAGUUGCAGGGUUAUGUGGGUACUCAAGCUUAUAUGGCUCCAGAAGUAUUUACCAAAACCAAUAGUGAUGGCCAUGGCAGGGCAGCUGAUAUUUGGUCUGUGGGAUGUGUUGUUGUCGAAAUGGCCUCAGGAAAGCGUCCUUGGGCUCAAUUCGAUUCCAAUUUCCAAAUUAUGUUUAAAGUUGGUAUGGGAGAAAAACCAGAGGCCCCAGAAACCCUAUCGCAAGAAGGUCAUGAGUUUAUAGAACAUUGUUUGCAGCAUGAUCCCAAAGAUCGUUUGACAGCUUUGGAAUUACUAGAACAACAUUUUUGUAAAUAUGGACGCGAUGAGGAUUUCAAUACCGAACAAUUGGCAGAGCAAGGUCGUCGUUCAUUUAGACGUAAUAUUAAAACAAAAUAAAUGAAUUGUUAUCACGACGAACAGGAACUAGAAGCAUUUCAACGAUUUUGUUUAAUAUAUACCUCGCAUAAUGCAAUACUGGAUUUUUAAAGAAAACCGGUGUCUAAUUUUGUAAAAUUAAAUUCCAAUAAACGUUUCUAAAUUAACAAAACGUUUCAUAUUACUAAAUCAAAUAUUAUUUUUAUUUGUUAUUUUUUUGCGAAAUCAUAUUGCAUUGUGCUUUAAAUUAAUUUUAAGUGGUUCUGUGGUAAUUUGAUAAUUUUAUAUCAAGAUAUCUUUAUAAAACAAAGCGAUUACUUAAGUGUUUUCUAAAACUUUUAUUAAUUUUUAAUUUAUUUUAUAUUUAUAAUUCAGGCAGAUACUACAUAAUAAAACAAUUAUUGCAGUAGUUCAGAUAUUCUAUCUAUUCAAAUAGAUCACAAUGUUAAUUAUAAUCGCUUUGAAUAUAAAAAUCUUUACAAAAUUUGUUUCAGAAAAAUGUUAUAAAUCUUGAAUUUUUACAAAACGAAACGUCUGAAGCUCAACAUGUUAUUUUCUAAAAGAUCUGUAACAAGCCAAAUGGUUUCUUUUAUCGAGAGACUUAAUAUAUAAAAAUAUUGUUUAAAUAUUUUAAUGGGAUUCUAUGUUUAUUUUUAGAUAGAUUUAAAUCCUAAAUAUACAUGUAAAUGUAUCUAUUAUAAUAUUGUCUGUAUUUAUGUAUUGUAUUUUAUUACUUAAGAAUAUCUAAUAAUAUUUAAUAGCUGUAGUUUUUUUUAAAAAAUUAAAAUAUUUGCAAUUGACAGACUAUCAUUAGUUCGAAACCAUCAAAAUUAAAUGAAAUUAUUUGCAAGCAUUAUCAUUAUCAUUUAUUAGAUUAUACAGUUUGAAUACUUAUUGUAUAAAAAUGUGUGUGUAGUAGUUUGUAGUUAUUAAAAUUCUUAUAAAAAUGUAUGUGAAAAAUCGUUCCUUAAACAUAUGUAUGUAUAAAGAAAAGCACUUCAAUCAGAAAUAAUAAUAAUGUGCCUCUUAGAAAAAGACAAUAAAGAAAAUUAGUUUCAUUGGUUA